CUGAUGUAUAAUCUUAGAAUAUUGAUCAUAUCAUGUGAUGUGCACCUUCCUUAUGGUCUCAAAUGCCUUCCUAGUUCUUUAAAAAUUCUAGAAUGGAAAACAUAUCCUUUGAGUUCUCUUCCAUCUGGUGCUUACUUAACUCAGCUUGAAAUCCUUAAAAUGCAUCACGGCAAGAUUUUACAACUUUGGGAGAUAAAACAUGUAAGAAAAUUUUCUUAAUGCCACAUAAAUAAGCUUAAUAUUGUUAUUAGUUUUUUCAAUGCUAAACAUUGUACACUUGUCUUGUUUUAAGCAGAUGUUAGAAAAGUUGAAGUUCAUUGAUCUAAGUUAUUCUGAAGAUUUCAGUAGAACUCCUAAUUUUUUGAUGCUUCCUAACCUUGAGGAACUAGUUCUUGAAGGUUGCAUAAAACUUGUUGAGGUUCACCCAUCACUUGGACAACUUAAGAAACUUGUUGUACUUAACUUGAAAGAUUGCAAGAAUCUUAAGGCUCUUCCACUUAGAAUGGAAAUGGAUUCAUUGAAUAAAUUGAUCAUUUCUGGUUGCUCAAAAGUUAAAAAGCUUCCUGAGUUUGGGGAAAAUAUGACCAACUUGUUUAUCCUUGAUCUCAAAAAUUGCAAAAACCUUAUUUGUCUUCCAAGGUCUACUUGUAACCUAAAAUCUCUCAAAAUUCUCAAUAUUUUAGGUUGCUCAAAAUUUUCUACAUUGCCACAAAAUCUGAAUGAAAAUAAGUUCCUAGAGGAGCUUGAUUUGAGUGGAACUGCUAUCAAAGAUGUACCUUCAUCCAUCAUUGGCCUACUAAAUUUGAAGUCACUAUAUUUGAAAGGAUGUAAAGGUCUAAGUUUAAGAUCCAACACAUUGGUAAGGAGCUUGUUUUUCCCAAUUCAAAAGAUAUUUGGGUAUGAUAAUGAAGCUCCCCCAAGAUUGGUGUUUCCUUCUUUCAUCUCAAGUAUAGUGUCAUUAAAGGAAUUGUAUUUAGAUAACUGCAAUUUGAAAGUUGGAUCAAUUCCAAAUGACCUUGGUCGUUUAUCAUCACUAGAGUUACUUAGUCUAAGUAGAAAUGACUUAAGCAAUGAACCUGCUUAUAACUGGGUACUUUCAUCUUUAUUCUCAUGUCUUUCCUCAUUGAAGACUUUACACAUGUGUAACUGUAAUCUCAACGAUGGGUCAAUUCCUAAAGAUCUUAGUUUCUCACCAUCAUUGACUACACUUGGUCUAUUGGGAAACAAUUUCACACGUCUACCUGCUGGUUGUAUCUCUAAUCUUUUGCAUCUUCAUACUCUUCAUUUAAGUCACUGCCCAAGGCUUAAAUUUUUGCCAGACCUUCCACCAAAUUUACAACGUAUAGAUACAGUUGCUUGUCAUUCAUUACAACCAUUAUCAUUUCCAGAGAUGCUACUGAAGUGCAUUGCAUUUGCAAAUGCUUCUAUGGCAUAUUUUCCACAAAGUCGUGUAUACAACUUAGAAUUGGCUAUCUGGUGGAUUCUAGGGAAUGAGAUCCCAUCAUGGUUCCACAAUCAAGACUUCCAAAUUCUUGAUAAAAUUGUUGGGUUUCAAGAUAACCAUGUAGUUCGAAUUUUUGAGCAAACUUGUCAUGAUGAUGAGAAUGGAAAUUUUAUAGAUGCUGAUUCCAUUGUUUCAAUAGAAGUAGAUAUCACUCAUUUUCAUGAUUCAAGUAAAAGUUGGGGAAUUUCUCUUUGUGUUGUUCUUCAAGAUAUAGACCUUGAUGAUGUCUACCAUCUUGACCUUUUGAUGACUUGUAAAGCAUCAGGGGAUGAAUUCUUUAAAAAAGAGAUAGGAUGGGGUGUUAAAUUUGAAGGCCAUUCCAAUCAAAUGUUGACCAUGUAUUUGCCCUUAAGCAAUUUUACAGUUAGUUCCAGCAAGGUUGAAUUCAUAUUUUAUACUAAAAAAAUCCUACGUGCUAACAUGGAAAAAGAAUUGGAUGUGAAAGUUGAUGGAGGAGGUCAUGGUAAGUUUUUAAUAAGCAAGUGUGGUUGGCGUGUGACAUGCAAGGAAGAUGUGCAAGAAUGGCUCAAAACAAUCCAACAAUGCAGCACUAGUGAUAUCAAUGAAAUCUUUUCUCAAAAUUCUGGUCAUGGAAAGAGAUACCGUGAAGGGAAAGAUCUGCGAGAAGAAAUCAUUAUCAAUGAUGAAGAAAUAGAAACAUAUUUAGCUCAACGGAGAAAGCUUAAUUGGUUUUCAGGAUAGUCUUGAAGCUCUGAAGAUGCUGAAUGAUGUAGACUAGAUGAGAGAAGGUUAGGAAAAAGAUGACAUGGAAGAAUAAUGAAUGGUGACACCACUUUACUUAAUCUUAUUUCUCUGUAGAAACUAAAAUGUCUACAGCUAUCAAGUUGUGGUUAUGUAUAUAUAAUAUAACAAUAUUGAUAUGAAUAGGCAUGAACCUAUACAAGACAAUAACUGUUUGUAAGUAGGGGAAGCAAGACCAGCAAAAUCUCAUGGCCAAAGUUGAACCUUACUUUCAAGUCUCUCUACAUCCUUAUGUACAUAUAACUAGUGAUACAACUUCAAAAGUGCUAACAUAGGGACGAAUUUUGCAGUAUUCAUUAUUGAAUUUCAUUCGCCUGCAAGUUAGAACUAUUAAAAUGUGUGAAUUUAGGAAUCCUAAAUAUGGGGAACGAUGUUGUCAAGUGGGCUGUCGCUUCACCAGGAAAAGGUAUAUGGAAACAAAAGAAACUUCUUAGCAUAUGGUUAUCUACUCCUCCCCUGUUUUUCAUAUUCUUAAAACCAAAAAGAAAAAAACAGGAAACUUAAUUGUGUGAAGUCACUAUAAGUGUAAAAUUACAAAUUUGUUGGUAAUUGGUUUUCUAUAUAUAAUUCUAUGGAUUGAAAAUGUUACAACUUUAGUUGAUAUGGUUGAUGAUGUGUAGGGUGUAGCACUGCCAAAU